CGUGUCAUCCAUUAUCUCCGGUUAAUCAACUACGUAUUAAAGCUUCUCACUUUGUCAUCUUCAACUCGGAGAGAAACCAGAUCGAUUGAUUUCUAUCUUUUUCAAUCGCUUUGUUCUUCCCAACUAAAUCCAGUCAUGGCUUCUGUAAAUAGUGUUGCAGCCCCAAGAUUUUUUGCCGUCGCAAAACCCGUCAGAGAAUCGAAGUCCAGAUUAUUUAAUUUCGGUGUAAAAGGUGCCUCUGGUUCGUCUUUGCAGAGUUCUCCAUCGAAUUCGAGUUUCUUGAGAGUAAAGAGUAGAGGACGGGUUGUGCGAUCCGUAGUAGAAGAGUUCGACGUCAUUCCAGUUCGGAGUAGUGAUUCGACAGACCUGCAGAACGGAGUGGUAGCUCGAAUUGAAAUAGAACAGGAAGGUGGGAGCUCGAAUCAGGUCGGUGGGUUCGCAAACGAGGGUAGGUUAUCGCUCGAGGGAGCUGGAGAGUUUCAAGGGUUCUCUUCGUCUUCUUCGUCUGUUCUUUCGGAUGGGAAGGGAGAAGAGGAUGAUAUUGAUAAGUUAAUCGACAGAGCAAUUAACGCUGCAAUCGUUCUCGUUGCUGGUACCUUCGCUAUCACUAAAUUGCUCACCAUUGACCAUGACUACUGGCAUGGAUGGACUCUUUAUGAGAUACUAAGAUAUGCGCCCCAACACAACUGGAGUGCUUAUGAGGAAGCUCUUAAAACAAACCCCGUUUUAGCUAAAAUGAUGAUCAGUGGGGUUGUCUACUCUCUAGGAGAUUGGAUUGCACAGUGCUAUGAAGGGAAACCUCUUUUUGAGUUUGACAGAGCACGCAUGUUCAGAUCAGGCCUUGUUGGAUUCUGUCUUCAUGGCUCCCUUUCUCAUUAUUAUUACCAGUUCUGUGAGGCACUUUUUCCUUUCCAGGAAUGGUGGGUGGUCCCUGCUAAAGUUGCAUUUGACCAGACUGCAUGGUCGGCAGUUUGGAAUAGCAUCUACUAUGUAAUAUUGGGAUUCUUGCGAUUAGAAUCACCUGCCAAUAUUUUUAGUGAACUCAAAGCAACAUUUUGGCCCAUGCUAACUGCUGGUUGGAAGCUUUGGCCUUUUGCUCACCUGAUCACCUAUGGUGUGAUCCCAGUUGAACAAAGGCUUCUUUGGGUGGACUGUGUGGAGCUCAUUUGGGUGACCAUACUUUCAACUUAUUCAAAUGAGAAAUCAGAAGCAAGGAAUUCCGAGGCUUCCUUAGAAACAAAAUCCAUUUCUCCAUUACCGGGUGCUGAGCAGGAAUAAAUAACAAGGGGAACAUAGUGGAUCGUAAAUAGUAGCUGAAAGAGUGAUCUUCAAGUCCAUUUGGUAGACUCUAGCUCAAAUUCAAAUUCUCAGUGGUGAGGUGAUGCAGCCGGAGGAAUUACUAUUGUUCAUCCACCUAUAAGACAUGUCAUCUGUAUGUGAUGUAAAGCUAUAUCCCAUUUUUAUCCCCAUGUAUGAAGGACAAUUUUGUCCCAACUUAAGUGAUCAAAUGUAACAAGGUCAUGAUAAUGGAGAGAAAUUUCUUUCAGAAUUAUGUUUCUGCUUUGGUAAAUAGAACCCUUACUUUUCUUUGCUGCA